GUAUUUCCGCUUUUGAACCAAUAUGGCCGGUUCCGGAAUACCCGCCAAUCUCUUCCUAGAGUAUCUCUAGGUGGAUUCUUUUCUGGUCAAAACGUGAGACCUGCACGUUGUCGACACAUUGAGCCAAAAUGCAGAUUUUCGUCAAAACAUUGACGGGAAAGACCAUCACCCUCGAGGUUGAGGCUUCCGAUACAAUCGAAAAUGUCAAAGCCAAAAUCCAGGACAAGGAGGGAAUCCCUCCAGAUCAGCAGAGAUUAAUUUUCGCUGGAAAACAGUUGGAGGAUGGGCGUACUCUGUCUGACUACAACAUCCAGAAGGAGUCCACCCUUCAUCUGGUGCUUCGUCUUCGUGGUGGUGUCAUUGAGCCCACCCUGAGGAUUCUGGCUCAGAAAUACAACUGCGACAAGAUGAUCUGCCGCAAGUGCUACGCUCGCCUUCACCCAAGGGCGACCAACUGCCGUAAGAAGAAGUGUGGGCACACGAACAACAUCCGCCCCAAGAAGAAGUUGAAGUAAACUGCAGACCAUAUUCAGGCAGUCGAAAAAUAUCUGUGGGAUUAUUUGUUUUCGAUUGUGCAUGAGAACGCACAGCCUGUACGCUAUUUCUAUCAAUCAAUAAAUAAAAUAUCCGAAUAACAA